UCAGCCCUACGCCGGGUGUCGGGAGCUGCCAGGCCCGGACCAUCCGGGCCCUGGGGUCUUCCCAGUGGCCAGCCGCCAGAAUUCAGGGCCGUGGAGAGACCGCCGCGGGAGUAGCAGGGGUAGCCACCAACAGAGGUUGAAUCACCUUUAUCAUUUACUAGCUCUUCUAUACAGGUAAACAAUAAAAAAGUAGUAACCGUAACACUAUGUCUGACGAGGUUUUUAGCACAACUUUGGCCUAUACGAAGAGUCCAAAAGUCACGAAAAGAACUUCUUUCCAGGAUGAGCUAAUAAAAGCAAUUACAGCUCGCUCAGCCAGACAGAGAAGUUCUGAAUACUCAGAUGACUUUGACAGUGAUGAGAUUGUUUCCUUAGGUGAUUUUUCUGACACCUCAGCAGAUGAAAAUUCAGUUAAGAAAAAAAUGAAUGAUUUCUAUAUAUCAGAUGAAGAAAGAAGUUCCCCAAAACUGUCUUUUUUGAAAACCAAGAAAUCAAACAGUGACGUAACAAAAAAUGGGCCUUUACUCUCCAAAAAUGAGGAGCUGGUGCCUCGUGGUCUUGAAGACAUGGUUGCAAAGCCCACAUCUGAACCUCAAAGUAAAAACCAGGAAGUUGAACAGGAGAAACUUGAAAUGAAGCCUAAACCUAGAAUUCUUUCUAUCAAAAGCACACCUUCAGAAAACAGAAGUGUGGAAGCGGAUAACUACGUAAAGCCCUCACCUCGACCAAGGAGCUUGCUGAAAAAGCACAGUCAAAGGGAGGAGAAAGAUGGGCUGGAAGAUAAAGAAACUGCCCUCCCUGAAGAAUGUAAAGCAUGGGAAGAAUUAGUCACACGUCCUGCACCUCUGCCCCCGCCAAGGCUGAAUGGCGGACAAGCAGAAGCUGAGAAAACAACAUGCUUGGAAAAUCCUGAUCCUGAGGGUCCACGGUUAACAAGUUUAUCAUCAUCAUCUCUAAAAGAAAGUCUCGAAGAUUCCUUUUCACCAGGAUGUGGAGAAAAACCAUCUAUACAAGAUCAGAAUGAAGAAUUCGCUGAAACCCAAAAUUCCUUGAAAUCAAGUGAAAAUGAAGAGAAUUCAUCCUUGCUAGACGAUGUUACUAUUGCACUUGAGAAAUCCAGUGAAAGUCAAGUGACUGUUGAUGACCUUGAAGAAGAAAGAGAGAAGACUGAAGUGAAUGUGAAUGACUUAGCUGUUGAUGGGCCGGUAGUGCAGUCUCAGAGCGUCUCACCCUCGAACAGUGCAGCGGAACCCACCAAGAAAACAAUUGAAGAUAGAAAUAUGAAGAAUAAAAAGUCAACAAAUAAUAGAGCAUCCAGUGCAUCUGGCAGAUUAAUGUCCUCUGAGUUUUUAAAGAAACCUGUAAGGAGAAUUUCCUCGGCAACUACCUCUUCUCACUACUUAGGGACUUUGAAAGUUUUGGACCAAAAACCCUCACGGAAGCAGAGCACAGAACCCGACAAAGCAGACAGCAUCAGGGCAGCUGUUUACCAGGAGUGGCUAGAAAAGAAAAAUGUGUAUUUACAUGAAAUGCACAGAAUUAAAAGGAUUGAAAGUGAAAAUUUAAGGAUCCAAACUGAACAGAAAAGAGCUGCUAAGAGAGAAGAAGCAUUAGCAUCAUUUGAGGCUUGGAAGGCUAUGAAAGAAAAGGAAGCAAAGAAAAUAGCUGCCCAAAAAAGGCUUGAGGAAAAAAACAAGAAGAAAACUGAGGAAGAAAAUGCCGCUCGGAGAGGAGAGGCGCUCCAGGCUUUUGAAAAAUGGAAAGAGAAAAAGAUGGAAUAUCUUAAAGAGAAAAAUAAAAAGGAGAGAGAAUAUGAAAGAGCAAAGAAACAGAAAGAGGAAGAAACUGUUGCUGAGAAAAGGAAAGAUAAUUUAACUGCUGUUGAGAAAUGGAAUGAGAAAAAGGAAGCCUUCUUCAAGGAAAAGGAAAAAGAGAAAAUAAAUGAGAAAAGAAAGGAAGAACUAAAAAGAGCUGAGAAAAAAGAUAAAGAUAAACAAGCUAUUGACGAAUAUGAAAAAUGGCUGGAAAAGAAAGAAAGGAAGGAAAGAGUUGAACGAAAGCAGAAGAAACGGAAUUCCUUUCUUGAAAACGAGGCACUUCCUCCGUGGAACCCUCCAAGCAGAACUGUGUUCUCAAGGGUCUUUUGAUAAUUCUUUAUUUUUACAUCAUUUAGUUAUCAUUAACCAUAGGUAUAAAGCGAUUUGUGCAAUUAUUUACACUUAGAAGAGUCGAUCAUAAUUGAAUGUCAGCACUUGUACUGACAUUGAAAAAAGACACAUUUGAGUUAAUCAUUGAAGCCUUUUUUAACUAUCGAUAAACUGCCUCAAAUGAAAACGACUAGGUUGCUCUUCGCAUUACAAUUCAUAACCCUCUAUCAUGCCCUGAUCAUUCUUACAGCCUAUGAGCUGUGAUCAAUCCACUACAUUGUAUGGGUUACUUAAGUAGGUUUAUUCCCAAUAAGGAAAAGAAACGUCCAUCUAGGUACCAUAAUCAUAAAAGUAAUUAAAUGUGUGAAUGCUUGUUCAUUUAGAUCAUCUAGAUAAUGGUUUUACCACAGAUGGGUGCUGAGGAUUAUACAUAGAUUAUUUUAAGAUAAUUUUUGACUCAGACCUCUUGUAUUUGUACUGUGCUAGUUAAGGCUUCAGAACACGGAAGCAGUAGUUCAGUAGAACUCUAAUCAGUAAAUCAUGUUGCUUUAUUUAAGAACUGGCCUUAGGUUUUAACAAGUGAGUGGAUUUAUUUCCAUCGCAGGCUUCUGUGACAAUCAUAAGCACUUUCUAAUGAGCUGGUCUCUGAAAUUUAUUUUUCUAAAUUUUCCUAACAUUGUUUAUUAUUUCAAUGAUACCAAAAGAUAUUCAUUUCACAACGAUGAUAUACUUGCACAUUAAUAUGAAAAUUCCACAAGAGUUCAAGGUCAUUGUCACUACUGUUGUUUUCUGAACUAAAGCCAUGAAGGUGACGAAGGCAAUUUUCCUCUAAACUUAUCCAGUCUUCUAGUUAAUAUUUAGGAGUCAGCCGUAUGGGAAGGUAAUUUGUAAACAGCAUCCAACGACCCUUUAUUUAUUUGAUUUCUCAAUGUCUUUAUAUUAAUUGUACUUAUUCUUGAACUGGUCUGCUAGUUACUACAGAUCAGAUGUAUGCUGUUGGAGUUGAAAUGCUUUCGAGCCAACAGUGCAAUGCAGAGGUAAUAGAUGUGAAUAAUUCUUACUUAUUAAGAACCUAUUAUAUGCUCUCUGCUGGGUCUUUACAAAUGUCAUUUCUUAUCUCUACAACUACUGAAGGUAGAGAUUAUUAUCCUCAGUUUGCCGAUAAAAAUACUGAGACUCAGAGUGAACAACUAGCUGUACAUAUAGCACGACUGAGCUGCCAUCAGCCUUCUCCCCUCAGAAUCCACACACCUUUCUCAUGCUUUCAUGUGGUCUAGAGAACUGCAUUCUGUCCAAAUCUCUGUGUUAUACCAAAUGUACAAACUUAUCUUACCUCCUAGACCCUAAAAUCAUGCAUCGUUGUUUAGAAAUGAUAUAUCCCUUAAGAUGUAAUUGUUAUUAAAAAUAGUGGAUUUUAUUAAAUCUAUAAAAUGUAAUAAGAAUUCACAGUAACUAAGGAGUCAGUGAGACAUCUCAUUGCAUAUCUAGUAUUAGAAUGUCAAAAAACCCAGUGGGUUAUGGACCAUCAUCCACAAUGAAGAUGGUCACUCAGAAGACUGCCCACUGCACCUCUGCUUUCUUACUGCAGUCUGUGCCAGAUAAGAAAAACAUCUUGGAUUGUUUUGUAAGGUCAUGUUAGUGUUACAGAGAAAAGACAGCUCAUAAGCAAAACUGGAAGCCUUUUGAUACUGCUAGAACUUGGAGAGUACUUAAUGAAAUCAUCACCAGCAAUAUUAUCAGCAUGAGACUGUGAGUCUUUCUUAUUUGUUCCUUUAUCCCCUUAAUACAAACACAGCACCUACCAGAAUCCAUUGGUAAGUGUUUAUUGUAUUGAUUUAGUUAUUUUCAGCUAAGAAGGUAUUUGCAAAUUCCAGGGAAGUGAAAAAACUUGGGGAAAAGCACAGCUCCUUUUAGGCAGGUCAGAUACUAAAGGUGUGUCAUUAAUUUCACAUCAAAUAGCCUCUUACACUUCCAGAUCAUUUCUUCUGUACUAUUGGGUGACUUCUUAUUGCCUCUAGUUAUUGUGCGACUUGAAUAAAUGCAUUCAUUUAAAACAUAUGGAACCUAAUAAAAGCAUAAAAAAUG